UGAGAGGCUCCGCUGGGCCCAAACAACACAAAACCGGACGACCCGGCAGGUUUGCGGCCACAAACUUCACAAUUACGCCACAGACAAGGCCCGGGUUGUGAUUUUAAAGCCUUUUUAUUGCCUCUGCGGAAUGACUGACGGCACAGCGAGAGGUUUUAACGCGCGGUGAGACGAUGUGACGGCUCCGUGCCGACUGUUAGCCGCGUUAGCUUUAGCCUCGUUAGCUGUCAAGCGACAGUCUGCGGAGGAAAGUUGUUUUGCUUUUUACGCCGUUUAUGAGUCUAAUGUCGUGUUUCUCCGCUGCUGAACGUUUCCGUGUGAGGGUAGAGUAGAGGAGGCAGCCAGCCGGCUGACAGACAGCCAGAGACCGGUCAGCUCCGCCGCUACAGCCAGCAAACUGGACCAAAGUUUGGACCUGGUCGGGUUCAAGUCGGGCUCCGCGGGUCCGCUGACCCCCCAGAAGAAGAUGAAGAAGAGGAAGGAGCUCAACGCCCUCAUCGGGCUCGGCGACAGCAAGAGGAAGAAGACCAAGAAGGGCUCCGGACACCGGCUGCUCCGAACCGAGCCGCCCGACUCCGAGUCCGAGUCCAGCUCCGAGGACGACGGCUUCAGCGGGCUGAGCGGCGGCGGAGGCUUCGGGAAGAGGAGCUACACGCAGUGCUGCAGCGUGUGCUACCCCCUCUUCCUCUUCAUCAUCCUCGCCGCCUGCGUCAUGGCGUGUGCUGGACUCAUCUGGAUGCAGAUCGCUCUGAAGGAAGACCUGGAUUCCCUGAAGGAGAAACUGCACAGCAUGGAAACCAGCCAGAAAGCUUCAUCCAGUGAGAUCCCCAAGCUGAGCGAGGAUCUGAAGAACAAGCAGAGGAAGCUGGACGAGCUGGAGAACGGCAGCGUCGGCCUCAACAAGCUCUGGACCAAUCUGACAGAGAUGAACAGAAAGAUCGGCGUGCUGGACUCUGCUGUGAACCACCUGAAGGCCAACCUGAAGUCUGCGGCGGACCUGGUGGGCCUGCCCACCACCGUGGAGGAGCUGCAGAAGAGCGUCGCCACCAUCGGCAGCACGCUGACCAGCGUCCAGCACGACGUCCAGACCAUGCAGGAGGCGGUGCAGAGCCAGAGGAAGGACCAGGAGAAGACCGCCGCCGCCGCCACGGACGUCACCGACCUGAGGAAAGCUCUGAGCGAGGCCAACCGGACGGAGGAGCAGCACCACACCUGGACCGACGAGCAGAUCCACGUCCUGCUGUCCACCGUGGCCGACCUGCACCAGCGAGUGGCGUUGCUGGAGAACGGCUCGGCGCCCGGCGCUCAGGCGGCCGGCGGCGGGGGUCCAGCUCCCGGCGGGGGUCCAGCUCCCGGCGGGGGUCCAGCUCCCGGGCCAGUGAACGAUGUCACGACGGUUAAAUCCUCGACGGAGGACCCGGUGACGCAGCCGCAGACCAGCAGGAGGCCUCGCUUCCUGAGUCCAGCCCGCGUGAAGAGAGCACCCAGGUCAGGGACCAGCUCCGGGUCUGGGUCCGGGUCUGGGUCCAGGUCCCUCUGUCCUAAGAAGCUGCUGCUCCCGCGUGUGGCUUCACUCAAAGACCUGCAGGAGCUGUUCCAGUCGGCGUCCCCCGGUCUGACCCAGCAGGACCUGGGCAGAGUUCUGGGGCCGUCGGCUCUCAGCCAUCGGACCUUCGGCUGCUUCGACCGCGACGGAGACGGCCGCCUGUCCCUGCGCGAGCUGCGAGCCGCGGCUUGGAUGUGAACCCGGCAAAUGGACAGUAUUGGAGCAUGUCGGAGGGGGUCAAGGGGCCCAGGGGGCCCCCCGGACCUUCUCUGUGACUGCUGCACUGAACUGAAUAUUUAACACCCCCCGUUUCCCCCUCACCUCCAACACGCUUCGGUUUUUAAUCACACGAGCGACCGUACGAAGACUUUCACCUCGUUCUUUGAUUCCUGUCAAUGCAUUACCCCCACUCUGUGUGUGUGUGUGUGUGUGUGUGUGUGUGUGUGUGUGUGUGUGUGUGUGUGUGUGUGUGUGUGUGUGUGUGUGUGUGUGUGUGUGUGUGUGUGUGUG